UUAGUGUCACAGUAUUAAAAGAGUAAUUUAAUUCAUAGAUACGCAAAUUCCAGAUUUUAAGCCAGUUUAGGUCAUCGUCUAAUCUACUGCACUUGCAAUUUUUUCUACUUACGAGGAGUCCUAAAAUUAGAAUCAACUCCUAUAGAAACAAAGUCAUAGUGUCAAUGAAAAAUUGAACCGUCGUCAUUCAUUCAAUACAGGGAAAGGGCGUAACUUUUCAUUAUUUACCACAUUAAAAAUUACAGUUGCUUCUCACGAGUCUUCAGAUUCCUAACACAAGUGCAUCAUCGAUAUAAAAAAUUUAGUAAUAUAUAUUUUCAGAGGUCUUGUAAAUGAGACGUGGAUUUUAGGCGCAAUAUAAUUCCAACAUCCGCUCUACAUAGAACCGGUGGGAAGUUUCAUAUAAAGCAAGAUGAGCGACGAGAUCAAGUUCGUGGUACGUGAGCUCAACAAGGAGCCCUACAAGAAGAACCUCAACAUCAUCACCUUCGAUGCCCUAGAGCCAGAGAACCUGCUGCAGGUCCUUAAUGAUGUGUUCGCUGAGAUCGAUCCGAAGCAUCGGCUCGACAUCCGCCAUGAGGACCCGGAAGACAUGGCGGUGCGCAUGUUAGGCUUCCUACGCGUCCUGCAGUACCGACCACCUGACCACGCCAUGCAGGACUUCAGAGCAGGUCUGGUGGCCGGAGACAAGCACGUGGUGCAGCCGAUCCUGGCGUGGCUGCUGCAGAGGCCUGAGGAGCUCAAGAAGAGAGCUUAUCUCGCUAAAUUCCUCAUAAAAGUUGACAUUCCGCAGGAGUUUUUGGGCGACGCUGACAUCAGCGAAGUAUACGGCAAGUACGAAAUGCUGGUGGAGCAGUUCAAGGAGGUACACCGCACGCACGAGGCGUUGCAGAACAGCGGGUACUCCACCGCAGAGCUGCGCAAGGAUAUGACGGCCAUGGAGGAGGAGAGGGACUUGUUGACGCAGCGCAUCGCCAAGAGCAAGCAGCGUGUGCAGUCCAACCCUGGGUAUGAACAGGCCCUUGAGUCAGCACGUAAUCUGAGGCUGCAGAAGGAGGCGCAGAAGGAGAUCGCAGCGCAGCGAGCGAGUCUCAUCGCUGCCAACGAAGCGGCCCGGCAGCGCCUCAGGAGGAUUGAGGGACAGAUCAAGGAUCUGCGCAAGUCAAGCAUCGGCACAACUGCUGACGCGAUAAUACGUCGCUUGGAGGAGGAUCUGAACGUGAACGACUACAUGGUGAACGAGAAGCUGCCCCGGGACCUUAAGAGCUUGGAGGAACAGGUCGCGACCCUGACGCGCAUCUCGCACAUGCCCGCCAUGGGGCAGGACGACAUCGAUGCCAUCAACGCUAAAAUUGAAGCGACGGUAGCCGAGAUCAACUCCCUGAACGACCAGCGGCUGAAGGAGGUCGAAGAAGUGGCGGGCGAUGAGAACAAGAUGGGGAAGCUUUCGUUCUUCCGGCAGAACGCCGCCAUGAUAGCGCGACGCAAGCAGCAGACCGCCGACCGCCUCACCGAGCUGCGGGGCGAACUCAACUCUGCCUACGAAGAACUCAAGGAUAAACAAGACGAGUUGCAGCAGUUCUCAGGUCAAGAGGUGCUGCGCGGUGAUGAGUUCAAACGCUACAUCAACGACCUCCGCGGCAAGAGCUCGCACUACAAACUCAAGAAGGCUGAACUCAGUGACCUCAAAGCUGAGUACGGGGUACUCAGUCGUACUCACGAGAUACUCAAGGCCAGGGAGGCACAAAUGAACGAACAGUUGAGCGCCAUGGAGGCGGAGCACGGCGUGAGCGGAUUCAGGGCAGCACGCGACAACCUGGAGUCCGUGUCGUCCCAGAAGGGCGACCUCGACCAGGAGAAGGGCGAGACCCUGGAGCAAAUGAGCGCCAUGGUCAUCGAACUUAACAACAAGAUCGGCGACCGCAAAUCCAGGCUCGCGCCCAUCAUCAAAGAGCUGCGGCCGCUGCGCCAGAGGCAGCAGGAGUUGGCCGUGGAGCAUGCAGAGAAGAAGCAGUCUUAUGACUCGGUCGCUGUCGGGCUGGACUCCACAGUUGGCAAGCUUGAAAGAGACGUGAACACCUUGUACGACGACAUCAUCAAGAAAGAAACGCAGUACCACCUGCUGGCCACGCAGAAGGAGGUGAUGGAGUACAGGCUGCAGCAGGCAGAGAACGAGAUCAAGCUCUACCUCUCCAGUGAUGCUCAGGAUAAGAAGAAGGCGUGCAGGGAGCAGCUAGCGUCUCUGAUCGCCGAAAAGGAGAAGCAGGGAAAACAAUUGCGCGAGCUCCAGAAGAACAUUAAAGAUCAGGUCGCCGACUCCGGCAAGCAGCUCAUGAUGUGGCAAGAUGUCAUCAGGCUAAUGGAGGUGAAGAGGCGGUGUCUGGAGGCCUCCAGGAACACCGGCGGGCACAUGAUGAGGAACAGCGGCAGUGAAGCACUCGUCCUCAACUGAGCACAUCACUGCGUAUAUUAUUAAUGUUAUUGCAAUCACUGCGCACAUUAAUAUUGUUAUUUAUAACUAUUUUAUUCUUGUCUGACCGACAACAGUAAACGUCAGAAGUGAGGUGUAACGAGAUGAACGGUCAAGUACCUACAUUGCGACAACCGCGAAAUCGACGAGAAAGUCAUUUUACUUUUGAAAAAAUGUUGAGGCAACUAUAUUCAUCUCAGACAUAGAUAAUAUUUAUCUGAACAGUGUGACAACCACUUUUAAUUGCAAUAUAUAAGAAUUGCAUUCAGUUGCAAGUGAUAAAAACUAUUAUAAGGCGCAAUAAUGAUCGCCAGUGUGUCCUGUAAUUAUUAGUAAUUGAGUUCACUGUUAUUAUUAUAUUAAUUGUUUUUUUCCAUAUAUAGGCCUACAUAUCACUUUCAUGGGACAGUCAACAUGAGCGCUCUGGCUUAACACACCCUUGUAAGGUUUUAACAAGCAAGGUUAACCAAUUUAGUUUUAUUACAUUUCAUGUUUAGGUUUUAUCAGUUUUAUAUCAAAUUUAUUACCAAGAGUAUAUAUAUCUUUGAAUUUUGAGAGAGUUGUCGCAGCAGUACGAUGGUGGUUAUGGAGACACUCCACCUUCCUCGCAAAAUUCGUGACACAUGUAUAUGAGAACGCGAACCAUAAUCCAUUCUUCAUGACAAUUACUAUGAUGCGCUGAAUAUUAUAAAUCUUAUCACGGACUGA